GCGGAGGUUCGCACGAGGGAAGGGCGGGUGCGCACCACGGGCAUGCGCUGUGUGGGGCUAAACGGCGGCUCGGCGGGGUCAUCCAGGCGCAGGCGCAGUGCGGUGUUUGUCUGCCGGACUGACGGGUGGCCGGGCGGUGCGCGGCGGCGGCGGCGGCGGGGAAGAUGGCGGCGUCCUCCCUGGAGCAGAAGCUGUCCCGCCUGGAAGCAAAGCUGAAGCAAGAGAACCGCGAGGCCCGGCGGAGGAUCGACCUCAACCUGGAUAUCAGCCCCCAGCGGCCCAGGCCCAUUAUUGUGAUCACUCUAAGCCCUGCUCCUGCCCCGUCCCAACGAGCAGCCCUGCAGCUCCCACUGGCCAACGAUGGUGGCAGCCGCUCACCGUCCUCCGAGAGCUCCCCGCAGCACCCCACGCCCCCUGCCCGGCCCCGCCACAUGCUGGGGCUCCCGUCCACCUUGUUCACACCCCGCAGCAUGGAGAGCAUUGAGAUUGACCAGAAGCUGCAGGAGAUCAUGAAGCAGACAGGCUACCUGACCAUUGGGGGCCAGCGCUACCAGGCAGAAAUCAACGACCUGGAGAACUUGGGGGAGAUGGGCAGUGGCACCUGCGGCCAGGUGUGGAAGAUGCGCUUCCGGAAGACAGGCCACAUCAUCGCUGUCAAGCAAAUGCGGCGUUCGGGGAACAAGGACGAGAACAAGCGGAUCCUCAUGGACCUGGACGUCGUGCUCAAGAGCCAUGACUGCCCCUACAUUGUGCAGUGCUUCGGGACCUUCAUCACCAAUACGGACGUCUUCAUUGCCAUGGAGCUCAUGGGCACAUGUGCUGAGAAGCUGAAGAAGCGGAUGCAGGGUCCCAUCCCCGAGCGGAUCCUGGGCAAGAUGACUGUGGCAAUUGUGAAAGCGCUCUACUACCUGAAGGAGAAGCACGGUGUGAUCCACCGGGACGUUAAGCCCUCCAACAUCCUGCUGGACGAGCGGGGCCAGAUCAAACUCUGUGACUUCGGCAUCAGCGGCCGCCUCGUGGACUCCAAAGCUAAAACUCGGAGUGCGGGCUGUGCUGCCUACAUGGCACCUGAGCGCAUUGAUCCCCCGGACCCCACCAAGCCGGACUACGACAUUCGGGCCGACGUGUGGAGCCUGGGCAUUUCCCUGGUGGAGCUGGCGACAGGACAGUUUCCCUACAAGAACUGCAAGACAGACUUCGAGGUCCUCACCAAGGUCCUGCAGGAAGAGCCCCCGCUCCUGCCCGGUCACAUGGGCUUCUCGGGGGACUUUCAGUCCUUCGUCAAAGACUGCCUUACUAAAGAUCACAGAAAGAGACCAAAGUACAAUAAGCUACUUGAACACAGCUUCAUCAAGCGCUACGAGACGCUGGAGGUGGAUGUGGCGUCCUGGUUCAAGGACGUCAUGGCGAAGACUGAGUCACCGCGGACUAGCGGAGUCCUGAGCCAACAUCACCUGCCCUUCUUCAGGUAGCCGCGUGGCGGCGGCCAUGCCCUCUGGGGGGCCGGGGACAUGGCCACAGGCCCCCCCUUCCCUACCCGGCCACCCAGCUGCCCGUCAGGGGAAACCUGGGACCUGGACGGCCACCGAGGGCUGAGGACAGAAAGUAGGGGACGCCAACCCACCCCUGACUCCCUGCCCAGCAGCCGUGGACAGAUGGGCUCGCCAGGCUCUAGCCCUUCCGGUCCUGGGGUCAGCCAGCCGUAUGCGUCCCCCCGACAGACACUGUGAACGGAAGACAGCAGGCCGCGAGCAGACUCGCUAUUUAUUGUCGUAACCUCUGGGCUCUCGGGUGGCCCCCAGGGGCCAGGAGAGAGUCGCCUGUCCUGCACCCUCCCACACUUGCCGUCUUCGCCUCCCUGGUGCACAUGCUCCCUGUCUUCAUCUCUUGUCACCUCCCUCAGUGCCUCUCUGGUCUUCCCCAUCUCCCUCCCUGCCUCCGCCUCUCUCCUGGCCCAUUCCUGGGCUCUGCCACCCCCUAUGGGACCCAUGGGUCCACUUAGGUCUGUGGCGAGGAAUGAGUCCCUCGGCUGGUGUCCUCGCCCCAGGAAGGCAGGCUGGGCAUUGUGACUGCAGCAGACCCGGCUGCUCUUUCUCUCUCUUUGAUCUCAGGGGGUCCUUUUUGGAGUUUAUUGUAUUUUAUUUUACUUGGGGGGGGUGUUUGGGGGGGUGGGGGGAGGAAGAAGAGCUUGUUCUCAUGGGGUUUGUCGGUACCUUCAGAAACUUUUACCAAAGUCAUGUUUAGCUGCUUGUGGUGGAGCCCCCAACCACCUGUGGGCACUGGGGGACCGGGCCAUCGGGGCCUGGGCCACUGUGCCUCCCUCAGCCUGGCCUGGGGAGACUAGUCCCAAAGGUCGGCACUGGGGGUGGGGGCUCCUCCCUCAGGGCUGGAGACUGGCCACAGCUUGGGGGGAUGAGUUGACCUCGGGGUGUGGAGGGAGCCCACAGGGCCGCGGCCACACAAGGUGGCCUUCAGGGAAGGUGUGUGUGGAGUGUGGUGGAAGGCAGCAAUAUUGGUGUGGCAGGGAGGAGGGAAUGGGGGCCAUGUGAUGAGUGGGGGCCACGGGGCCCAGGGAGGCAGGAAUGGAGGGUAUAAGGAGUGGAUGUGGGGGUUUGAGGAUGUGUGACAGGGACAGAGGUGGGGCAGGCUGAAGGCUGGGCAUGUGAAGGCAGUCAUGCCUUCACAGUGCCCCUGAGUGCUCCUCAUCUCCCCCAGAGCUGGCCAGUCCCCAGCCUACCUAGAGGCUGGGCCAUGGUGCCCCCUCCCCUCAGCCCUCUGCAGCAGCCAGAGCUGGAGGGGGUGUGUUUCCUUUUUGUUGGUGAUGCAUGCAAAUCAAGUGGAUAACUAAACAAAAUAACAAAAAAAAAAAAAAAAAGAAAAAAAAACACAAAAACCAACCGACGCCAAAGGUGAGGAACCUCGCUGGAUGUAGCUGGCGCAAUCUAGACUUAGCAUAAGCAUCACUGUAACCUCUAUCCUAUCGACUCUUGUUACUCUUAUAGUCACAAAAGGCUGCAUGUUUAAAAAAUACUCCACCAUUUUCUCUCUGCGCCCCCCCUCCCCGGGGUACGGCCACCUCUCUUGCCCCAGUCCCCUUUGUGAGGGGAUGGGAGCAGGGUGGGGUACCCACAGGCCUGACUCCACCCUCCCUUGUGGGUCCCAGCCACAGGGGGCCUUUGCCGGUAGCUAGGAGGUCAUGUGGCUGGUCCCAGGGCCAGCAAAAGCCCAAGGCCUGCUGCCCAGGUUUAUUUUUAUUUAACUUUGUUUUGUGAGUGUGUGUCUGCCUGCCCCCCUCCCCUUCAGUGUUAAGUGGGAGUUCUGGGGGAGCCUCUCCUCCCCGCUACCUCUCCCUUGUCCCCCCCUCCCCUCUGUCUCCAGUCACCAGCUGUCCUUCUUGACCAGGCAGAGGGCAGAGCAGGCAGGCAGGGGCCUGGGGCGGCCUGGCCUAGCCCGUCAGCCCACAGUCCCUUCUCAGGCUGCCAGUAUUGCCCCUUCCCUUUUUAAAAUGAAACACCCAUGUUUGUAAAUCCUUAGAUGCUUGAGAAUAAAACCCCUCCCUUUUCUUCCA